GUAUCGAGAGCCUUCCAGUGUUGGCGUGGCGCAACAUUUAACCAACACUGUAUUUAUUGACAGAGCUUUGAUAGUAGUCCCAUGUGCAGAAGGUGAGUAUGCCCAAGUUCAUUCAAGUGAUGUUGUUGACAUAAUUACAUUUACAUUUUAGUCAUUUAGCAGACGCUCUUAUCCAGAGCGACUUAGUUUUUUAGUGAAUGCAUACAUUUUCAUAACGAGUGUUAUGUGUAGUCAACACACUUCCUGUGAAAUCGUGUUGUCUAGUGGUUGGUGAAAGCGCUGAAAUUCUAACGUUAGUAUCCUACAUUCAAGUGUUUCUCUCCAGUGUUUUGCUGUGUUGGUUUCCAUUAGGAAUACACAUGAACACAUGCGCUUCCACACUCACGCGGUAUCCAAGAUGGCCUAAUCCAUAUUGAGCACACAAUUUAUCCUAUGCACCUGUCACAACUAGCUAGAUAUAAGCAUUGUGUUUUGUCAUGGGGCUUUACACAGUAUGAAAAUAACAUGAUCAUUCGCACGCAUCAUGGAAGGCACAUUGUAGUAGCAGGAGCAGACAUCUUAGCAUAACAUCAGACUAGUACCAUCUCACUGUAUUCAAUGACAGUUUAUGCUGGUCUGGCAAUGUAUCAUCCAUAUUCUUGCGAAAUAAAACUUCACUCAGAUUCUGAUGUUAAUGACAUAGGCUGAAGUGAUUGUUAUGGGUAUAAUGCUUAGUGAUAUGGAGGUGAUUUCAAGGAUAUGGUAGAAUAACAUACUAAAUAAUUAACAACCUCUUUUCUCUCUUUUUAUUUUGUUUGAAUUUUUUGUUGUUGCUUGAUCUCCCUUUCUUCUAGAACCUUCUCUUUUUCCGUUAUUUAGCCUAUAGCUUCUCAGAAAAACAAACAAAAGUGGUCUCACCUUAUCUAACCGAUUCUCUCACUUGAAAUGCUUUUUUGUCCACGUUAACUUAGUGCUGGAUAGCUACUGAGUUUAUUAAUUUGGUUUUGUAUGUUUUUUCUGUGUGAUUAUGUGUGCAUAUCAGAUGACUAGACUGGCCCAGCUGUUACACUACACUAGCCUGAGUCAGGCAUUGUUUUCCAAGCCACUAUCCCCGCUGGGGCCACCGCUGCCUUCAAGGGGGGAAUGUGACCAAGGAGAAUAAGCCUGCUGAACCUUCCAAGAUGGACACCUUGUCUCUCUAUCUUUUUUUUCUUUCUUUUUUUUUGGUUGGUUUCUUUUAGUUUUUACUUUCACAUGUUGUCCCUUGCCUUGUCUGCUCCCUCUCUAGACUCUAGCUACACUAUUGAAUUAUUCCUAGCAUAUUGUUUUUCCGUUUAUUAUUUUUGGUUUGUUUUCUUUUUUCCUCUCUCUCUCUCUCUCUCUCUCUCUCUCUCUCUCUCUCUCUCUCUCUCUCACAGUGUGUGAUUAAGUUCUGUUCAGGUUGCCAUGGCACCCAGGUGGAAUGUGUAUCACACAUGGGCUGCCAUGAAGAUGACUAACACAUUUUACUUUCUUUGUCUCCUGCUCUUGAUCUACGGUUAGGAUUUCAAAUAUAGGGCUAAUCUAAACCUUAAACUCACUAGGAGAAAGUAUCAUUUAACUUAUAAUAAGUAGUAGAAUAGAAUAAGUAGCCUAUGCCCACAUCAAAUUAUUCCAGUCUUAAUUAUUGGAGGGCAAAGCACCUUUUAUUUUAUUGGUAACAUGAUGCUUAUACUGAUAGUAAAAUAAUUUGAUUACAGAUACUUUUUUUGUUGUUGCCCUUAAGCCUUUGUAUGUGUAUUUGUAUUUAUUAUGGAUCCCCAUUAGCUGCUGCCAAGGCAGCUGCUACUCUUCCUGGGUCCAUCAAAAUUAAGGCAGUAAAUUAUCGUAAUUGUUUAUUUUCUUCUCUAAAACAAAGCCACUAGAUGAAUUGAAAGACCCACUGCGCCCUUCCCCUUUUCCAUUCAGGAACGGCAGAUUGAACCAGUAAAAAGAAAGUGAAAGAUUUCGAAUCCGUUGUUUUUAGGCUAUAAGUUUUGGUUACAUUUGGGAAUUUCUCAAGAUUCUUAAAAAAUGUUCUUCUUUUCUGUAUCUGAUGUUCUGUGUGCUAUUAGUGAUGCAGCCAUCAUGAACGGUUGUCUUGUGUUGCACUCCUUUCCAACACUGCGAAACGAUCGCCCUACGGGAAAAGCGCCCAUGCUUGCUAUCGUAUGGUUCAUGACCAAUAUGUUUCCAGUACAGGGAAGAUCCCAGAAGAAGCCAAGGCCUUGUCUCUCUUGGCGCCUGCUGCCCCCCUUGCUGUUCCUGCUGUACCCAGCCUGAUGCCAGGCGCCGGCCUGCUGCCCCUUCCCACCCCGGCCCCCAUACAGACUCCGCUGAGUGUCCCCAUAGUGAGCCUGGCGGCAUUGCCGGCUGCCCUGGACCCUUCAGUGUCGGCCCUGGCUGUGACUGGAGCAGGUGGGGUGUCGUCCUCCGCCCAGCCCCCCCUCAUGGGGAACGUGGAUCCCUCCAAGGUGAACGAGAUAAGGAGGACUGUCUACGUCGGCAACCUCAACUCGCAGACCACUACUGCAGAGCAGCUGCUGGAAUUCUUUAAGCAGGUGGGCGAUGUCAAGUUUGUGCGCAUGGCGGGGGACGAGACGCAGCCCACACGCUUCGCCUUUGUGGAGUUUGCCGACCAGGAUUCAGUGUCCAGAGCGCUGACCUUUAACGGAGUCAUGUUCGGGGACAGACCCUUGAAGAUUAAUCAUUCCAACAAUGCCAUCGUGAAGCCCCCAGAGCUGACCCCUCAGGCUGCAGCCAAGGAGCUGGAGGACGUAAUGAAGAGGGUCAGAGAGGCCCAGUCCACCAUCGCCGCCAUCAUAGUAGAGCCAGAGGAGGUGAAGAAACGCUCAUCCAGUCGCUCACGACGGUCCAGGAGAUCCAGAACACGGUCACGAUCGCAUUCCCGCUCGAGAACGAGGAGGAAGCGGUCCCGUUCCAGGCACAGAAGCAGGCUCUCUCAGAGGUCGCGGCCCAAGGUCAGCGAGUCCCACGUCUCUCGGGGCAUCCACAAGAGACUUUCGCGCUCCAGAUCACGGGACAGGCGGAAAGAGAGGGAGCAGAGAACUAGAGGAAAGGAGGAUGUCUCUCGGAUUAUAGAGCAUAGGCAGAAGGAGAAAAAGGACAAAACACCUCCAAAAAGCUACAGUGCGUCCCGAAGGUCCAUGAGCACGAGCAGGGGCCACAGAAGGAAGAGCAGGGAUCGCUCUAGGAGUCCCAGAAGGAAAGCCAGGUCUCCGUCACCAAAGAGAGGGAGGAAAGACAAGAAGAGGGAGAAAGCAAGGGAUGGCAGUAGGGAAAAGAGGGAGAGGUCCAACUCCAGGAGGAAGAGCAGCAGAGAUAAAGAGAAGAUUGAGCUCAAGGCCAAACCUAUGAAGGUGGAAAGGGACUACGACAGGGAGAAGGACUACCAGAGUGACAGGGAGGGGUCGGCCACACCCAGCGAGGGCGUGACAUCACCCUGCGUCCAUCACAAUGGCAGCUACAACACAAACACAGAGGAUGACGCGGCCUCGCUCGCCGACAGCACUGAGUGAUGGGUGUGAAACCAGGCAAAACCAUGGGAACGAGAAAGUCCACUAUAUAUCCAGCUCCUGUGAUCUUUACCUUGGUAUUACAUACACACACCCCUUCCUGUUCCCCAGGCUGGCACAAGUGUGCCAAAAAACCAAUAGAUCCUACCUGAUUAUUUUCCUGGUUCCAGUUUCUUGGUGUGUAUUUAGUGUUAGACUAUAUAAGAGAAUGCUGACCCCCUAUUCCCAUUGCUGUGAAUCUGUUGUCACAUGAUAUUCAUAUUGAAAAUAGACCUUAACAUGCACAGCUUGUUUUUAUAGAAGUGGAGAAUGUGUGCUUUCCCCCAGUAAGAACUGUGUUGAACAUAACAUGCUUGUGGUUUAUUUCCUGUUUCUUGGUUAUGUUGGUGUUUGUGCUAUCGUGCAACACUUAAUCUAUUUUGGUUACUACUAGAUGCAAGGUCUCUGUUUGUGCACAAUAUCUUAGUUUGCACCCAAUGUCAAAAAUGCGGUUAUUUUAAAAUUCUUACAAAAUCAAUAUUUCUAUAAAGUAAUAUUAUGUGGAAGAUCUUAUAAUGCAAGGUGUCUAGUGUCUGUUGGUGUUUAGAAAGGCCUUUCCCAAGGCUUCAAUCAGCUUCAUGGUUCAGCAUGCCAACCCUACAGUAUACAGAGGUUGAACUUGCUUGACACACAGGAACAAGUUAACAAAUCCCUGGCAAGCACAUACAAGUCAAAGUGCCUAGACUGAAAUUGUAUAAAAAUACACUAAUAAUAAACUUUAUGAAGUUAUUGA